AUGGAACUAGAGCAACCCAGGCAACCCCAUCUCAACAACAUUAACAAGUACAUCAACCCAAGAACAGGCAAGGGUAGUCCGUCACCAUCGCCAUUACCAUCGAGGAGUGAUCUGUGCAAGCACUCCGCAUCCUUUCGGAAGCUUGGAGUGGGAGUCCCAGCAGCGGCGGGCGGCAUCUCCAACGUGGAGAAGAAGGUCUCGUGGCUCCGCUCUCAGAUCAUCGGCGGCGACGCCGAGUUUGACUCACCGUUUGGCAGGCGACGGCUCACAUACGCUGAUAGCACCGCCUCUGGCCGCUGCAUCCGCUACGUUGAGGACUUCAUCGUCGACAACAUCCUUCCGUUUUACGGUAACUCACACACGUCGAACAGCCACGUAGGUCACCGGACCACCAAGACAGUGCACGAGGCCUCGAGCUACAUCAAACGGUGCCUAGGGGGACCUGAGGACGUGAUUUUGUUCUGCGGAUCAGGAUCCACUGGGUCGAUCAAGCGGCUCCAAGAAGUCAUGGGCAUUGCAGUGCCAUCGCUCCUAAGGAGGAUGAUUAAGUGCAUGCCAAGCGAAGAGAGAUGGGUGGUCCUAGUGGGGCCUUAUGAGCACCACUCAAACCUUCUCUCAUGGAGGCAAAGUCUAGCGGAGGUCGUAGAGAUCGGACUAGAUGAAGAUGGGUCGAUAGACAUGGAAGAUUUAAGGCAAAAUCUCGAGUCUUAUCGAGAUGCUAACAGGCCAAUUCUGGGUUCUUUCUCAGCCUGCAGUAAUGUAACCGGGAUUUGUACCGACACAAGAGCUGUCACGAAGCUGCUUCACCAAUUCGGUGCCUUUGCUUGCUUUGAUUUUGCAGCUAGUGCACCUUAUGUGGAAAUCGACAUGAGAUCGGGGGAAGUCGACGGUUAUGAUGCUAUCUUCCUGAGUGGGCACAAGUUCCUCGGUGGACCUGGGUCUCCAGGAAUCCUGCUCAUGAGCAAGGCUCUCUAUCGGCUUGGAUCAUUUCCCCCAUCAACCUGUGGAGGAGGAACUGUUGAUUAUGUGAAUGGCUUCAAUGAAAAGGAUACGUUAUACGUGGAAGACAUUGAAGAAAGAGAGAAUGCUGGGACUCCACAAAUUAUUCAGAUCACAAGAGCAGCAUUGGCAUUUUGGUUGAAAGAUUACGUGGGAAAUGAAGUGAUCGAGAAACUGGAGCACAAGUACAUUAAAGAAGCAAUCGAAAGGCUCUCCAAAAACCAGAACAUAGAGAUUCUCGGGAACAGAACAGCUAAGAGACAAGCUAUAUUGUCUUUCCUGAUAUACUCAACAACUAAUUCCCCACCAGAUUGUAGGCGGUCUAUGGAGCUAUCUUUGCAGAAAUGGGGAUUCAUGGGGCAGGACACCUGA